AUGCCAGACCUCAAGGUCAACGUCAUUGCACGUCAGAGCUCUGUGACCUCAGCAGAAAUGAACACAGCUCCCCCUGCAGGAAGUGCCUUGGCAACGCCCGCUGGAACAGCUGGCCCCACCACCCCCAAGAAGGGACCCCCCAAGUUCAAGCAGAGGCAAACCCGUACAUUCAAGAGCAAGGCCCCCAAGCCUGGCCAGAAAGGAUUUGGUGAUGACAUCCCCGGCAUGGAGGGUCUUGGCACAGACAUAGCAGUGGUCUGCCCAUGGGAGGCCUACGGCGACAUGGAGCUCAGUGAUCUGGCCAAAUAUGGAAUCAUCUAAGACUACUGCCUCCUGCCUUCCCUUAACCUCUCCGCUCUUGACCCUUCCCUCUGUGUUAGUCUGGCGCGCCACCAUAAGGCGACUGGCCAUUCCCCUAAAGUCGUCUCGUCACUCCACGCUGUUCUUAAGUCUGUUGUGGUCAGGCACUGUGGCCUGAAAGACCACAUACGGUGGGCAGACGGAACACUGAACUGUUUAUUUGUAUUAUUAUCAUAUAAUAGUAUUAUACUGUAUUUUAUACAGGACAUAAGAGAUACUUGAUGUGAUACGACAAGACCACCCCCACCCCUCUCUACAAUAGCCCACCUCGGCUCCCCAUUCCCUCUUUCCUUUUGUAAUCACUCAGAUCCCUUUAGUCCCGCAAUUCCUCUGGGAACCAUCAACCACAGAAAUGGACGCAAGCAAAGACUAGCUAUGACUAGCUUGUACUUGCUUAUAGUCUACUACAGAACUGUAAAUAUGUCUCUGUUUCCAAUGCAACCUCUACCUUCGUUACCCUCCCUUUUUACCCCAAUCUCUCUUUUUUUGCAUUGUGUUUUUUACUUGUUGUUGAUAAGGCGUGCUACUGUGAACACACAGGAAGCGAAAGGGAUGAGACCAGGGAGGAGGUUGUGUGAUGCUUUGUCAUAGAUCAUUAUGGUGAAGGCAUUCCCUGUUAUCCCUGUGGUGCCACACUGCCCCCUUCUUAGUGUACGGUACGCCACCAAACAAAAUAUAAAUACAUCGAUGUGUUACGCACACAAACACAUUUAUAUGACGGAAUGUGUAUGUGUGA